CCUUCAUCCCCCAGGCUCCCUCCCUUCCUGGAACUGCAGCCUCGACAGCCUCUGCCCAGCGCCCCAGGACCAGGCAUUGGGUAUCACCCUGGUUGGCUGUCCAACUCAAAUGGGCGGGACAGCAGAUAUAAGAGAGAAUGCGCAGCGCACUCUGGACUCCUGCUCUGUUGCAGCCCCUGCAGCUCAGCCCCGAGAACAUACUCCCCGGCCAGGGUCGCCCCAGCAACAGCGAGCCCAGCCAAUCAGCGCCCUGGACUGCACUGGAGCCAUGGCCGUUCUGGAAGCUGGGAGUCCAAGUUCAAGGUGCUGGAAGGUGUGGUUGUCUGGAGAGAGCUGCAUUUGGAAGAAUGCUGUAUCCUGACAUGGACGGCAUCAGGCAGAAGGUGGAAAAUGGAAGGGCAGGCAGAAAAGCACUGAUCGUCCUGGCUCACUCAGAGAGGACGUCCUUCAACUAUGCCAUGAAGGAGGCUGCUGCAGUGGCUUUGAAGAAGAAAGGAUGGGAGGUGGCCGAGUCGGACCUCUACGCCAUGAACUUCAAUCCCAUCAUUUCCAGAAAGGACUUCACAGGUAAACUGAAGGACCCUGAGAACUUUCAGUAUGCUGCUGAAUCUACUCUGGCUUAUAAAGAAGGCCGUCUGAGCCAGGAUAUUGUGGCUGAACAAAAGAAGCUGGAAAACGCAGACCUUGUGAUAUUCCAGUUCCCCCUGCAGUGGUUUGGAGUCCCUGCCAUUCUGAAAGGCUGGUUUGAGCGAGUGUUUGUAGGAGAGUUUGCUUACACAUAUGCUGCCAUGUACGACAAAGGACCCUUCCAGAAUAAGAAGGCAGUGCUUUCCAUCACCACUGGUGGCAGCGGCUCCAUGUACUCUCUGCAAGGGGUCCAUGGGGACAUGAAUGUCAUUCUCUGGCCAAUUCAGAGUGGCAUUCUGCAUUUCUGUGGCUUCCAAGUCUUAGAACCUCAGCUGACAUACAGCAUUGGGCACACUCCAGCAGACACUCGAAUUCAGAUCCUGGAAGGAUGGAAGAAACGCCUGGAGAAUAUUUGGGAUGAGACACCACUGUAUUUUGCUCCAAGCAGCCUCUUUGAUCUAAACUUCCAGGCAGGAUUCUUAAUGAAAAAAGAGGUGCAGAAUGAGGAGAAAAACAAGAAAUUUGGCCUUUCUGUGGGCCAUCACUUGGGCAAGUCCAUACCAACUGACAACCAGAUCAAAGCCAGAAAAUAAGAUCCAUAAGACUGGAUUUCCUCAUAACGUGUUAUCAGAUCUGGGUAUCUUUCCAAGCUUCCGACUCACUUUAGUUUUUAAGAUUUGCGUUUUGUUUCUUUUUUUUUUCCACAAUGAAUAAAUAGGAGAGGGAAUCUACUGUA